CCUUGCGCGCUCAUAAGCGCUCGAAGCUAAACCAUAAACCUAACAGUAUUGUAAACUAAAAUUAGGAAACUUUUAAAGUUUUCAAUGGUGGUCACAUUUACAUGAUGAACACAUUUAAAUUGAGAAGUAUCAAUAUCAUAAGAAAUGUAUGUAAUGCAAGAUAACGUAGCAUUUAAGAAAAUAAAAGUGAUGUUUGAUACAAUUUUAAGUGAAACUUCGUUAAAACUAUUCUCAAGACUAAAUCUAAAUAUCACCAGUGUAAAAUAUUUGCGUUCUGUUUAAAGUUGUUUUUGUUUCCCUUUGCUGCAGAAAUCCACGAAUAAUUUUUAGAAAUCCAUAGCUACAAUAGAGUACAGCUCCGGAUUUUCUUAAGGCCAUCUAAAAAUUAAUGAGACAUUAGAUAUUACAUCUUCCAUUCUUUUAAGCCUUACAUUGUCAUACGUAUUUAUUUGUAUUGCAUAGUUUAAGAGCAUAGAUGAACGUAUUGCUUUAUUAAAACUAUAGAUAAAUUUGGCUCAUCACUAAACUUUGUAUUGAAAUCAAAUUUGAUUGGCAAGCUCUUGAAUAAACCCAAAUGCGCAAUGAAUCAUUGAAUAUGUAUUUUCAUGAUUAACGACAUAUUAGUUGAUUUAUCACUUCUUUGCAGAAAAUAAUUGGUCAGAGGACUUAAAAUGCAUGUAUUUUAAGGUUUAAUAUAUUGAAGAAACUACAAGUGAAUGCUUUGGAUGCAAAAUCAAAUUGGAAAAUGAAAAGUACCAAGUAAAACUUCGACAAGGGGAGCCGAAAAAAACCGUAAAACUUACACAUCGAGAGAUUGAGAUUAAGUGCACGGGGUUUGAGUGAAAAAACUAAUCAUGUCGGAUGAUAGAAUGAGUCCUGUUCAUGUUUAUCAAGAAAUAGUGGAUAAUAAACCUCAUAAAGUUGCAGUUGUGGAGGCUUUACAAGAGUUUUGGCAAAUGAAGGCUGGUCGGAAAGACUCUCAUCUACGACAGGGUGCACUUCUAAUUUAUGAAAGUGUUCCCUCCUCUACACCACCUUAUGUUUGCUAUGUUACGCUACCGGGAGGAGCAUGCUUUGGAAGUUUUCAAAUUUGCACGACGCGAGCAGACGCAAGGAAAAGUGCUGCUAAAAUUGCACUUAUGAACUCGGUAUUUAACGAACACCCCUCGAGGAUAAUCAGCUUAGAGAUGAUAGCUAGGCUAGUCGCAGAGGCAGAGGACAGUCUUAAACAUCAAGCACAGUCUGAUGGAGGAUUAAAAGAAGGAGGAGUAGAUGCUUAUAGAUACAUGCUGGAGCAGAACGUGGGGAAAAGUGUACUAGAGUUUCAGGAAGUUAUGACUGUAUUCCAACUGUUACACUGGAAUGGUUCCUUGAAAGCUAUGCGGGAACGAGAGUGCAGUAGACAAGAAGUUGUACAGCAUUAUACUCAUAGGAGGCUGGAUGAUGAUAUGAGAGCAGCUAUGGCAAUUGAUUGGAUUGCUAGAGAGAAAGAAAGACCAGGCGUAAUCCAAGGAGAACUACAGACGGCAGAUACAGAGCUUGAGGACCUGAGAAGAGCGGGAAGAGAACUAAGGUUUCCAAAGGAAAAGAAGGAUGUAUUAAAUCUAGCAACAUCUCAGAUAGAAGAAAGAAAAAUGCUCAACUCAUCAAAACCCUCGUGAGAGUGGAAACUAAUUUCCACAAUCUUUGAAAGGAAGUGAAUACUUGCCACAUAAUUUGAUUUUUUAAUCCCAUAUCUUUGCAACUCGGUGUAGGAGAGCUUUGAUAUUUCAAACCAUGA